AUGGAAAAAUUCAUUAUCUGUGUUCAUAUAUUGCUAUUGAGUUUACUCACUUUAGAACUGAGAGUAGAAUCUGCUAUUUGGCAGCAAGCUCAUGCAACUUUCUAUGGUGGAAGUGAUGCCUCGGGAACAAUGGGAGGUGCAUGUGGGUAUGGAAAUCUGAACAUAGAUGGAUAUGGAAUAAAAACAGCUGCAUUGAGUACUGCUUUGUUUAAUGAUGGCAAAUCAUGUGGUGGAUGCUAUCAGAUUGUUUGUGAUGCAAGAAAGGUCCCUCAAUGGUGUCUCAGAGGCACUUCCAUCACUAUUACUGCCACAAACUUCUGUCCACCUAACUUGGCACUCCCUAAUGACAAUGGUGGUUGGUGCAAUCCCCCAAGACCACACUUUGAUAUGUCUCAACCUGCCUUUCAGACUAUAGCCAAGUAUAGAGCUGGAAUUGUUCCCAUCUUGUAUAGAAGAGUUGGGUGCAGAAGAAGUGGAAACAUAAGAUUUAGUAUAAAUGGGAGAGAUUAUUUUGAGCUGGUGCUUAUAAGCAACAUAGGUGGAGGUGGAGAGAUAUCAAAAGUUUGGAUAAAAGGGUCAAAAAAGAAUAAAUGGGAAUCAAUGUCAAUGAAUUGGGGUGCUAAUUGGCAGAGUCUAAGUUAUCUAAAUGGUCAGAGUUUAUCAUUUAGAGUUCAACUCAAGAAUGGAAAGACUCGUACAGCUAUAAACGUUGCACCUUCCAAUUGGAGAUUUGGCCAGUCUUUCAAAAGUAAUGUUCAGUUUUGA